AAUAGUUUUUCUCCCACGGCUCUUGCCAUGGAUAUCGUAAAGGAGGUGCUAGAGAAACAGCAGCAAAAUCUGCAAAAGUACAAACCGAUCACGGUAGAAAAGCCGCUGGAACCGACGGUCGACGUGGGCCACAUGAUGGUGAGCGAUCCGAACUACUUCGACGAGGAUCAGAUGAAAGUGGAUCGUGAAAAGUAUGUGCUAGAUUUGACCCGUGACAAUGUGCAGCUACUGAUUAACAGUAUCUGGCAACUGCCGACCGAGCGAGUUGAUGAAUCGAUCGUUGCUAAGCUACCACCACCGAAGGCACCGUUGCCACGUGCCCGCAAACUACCCGUCCCGAAACCGCUCACCAAGUGGGAAGAGUUUGCCAAAAAGAAGGGCAUCAAAAAGCGUCCCCGUGAGAAGAAGGUGUACGAUACGGUUUUAGACAAAUGGGUGCCGACGUACGGGUACCAACGGUAUAAGGCGGAAAAGGAGAAGGAUUGGGUGUUGGAGGUACCACAGAACGAUCCCUACCGGGACAUGUUCAAGGAGAAACGAGAUCUACGCAUCGAGCGUGUGGCUAAGAAUGAAGUGGCCCGUAUGAAGAACAUUGCUCGGGCAAAGAAAAUCGCUACACCCCGGACAGGUUUCGUAGGUCCCGAGUCGGCAUCCGCAAAACAGCUCAUUACUGCGUCCAACAUCGUUAAAGCAUCGACAGCUUCGGUGGGAGUAUUCCAAGAAUCGUUGCCAAACGAGAAACAGGCCCGCGGCAUCGGUGUGAAGGAGCUGAUGCCGGGUGAAAAGCGUCGGAAGAAGACCUCGUCGAUUGCCGGCGAAAAACGGCGCAAUAUGGAAAUUGCGACCAAGGUGUUGAACAAGAAGCCGAAGAUCGACAUCGAUCGGGCGAUUUCGUUGCAGAAAUCAGAAGCACGAGCAGAACGCGAAGCGGAAGAGCCAAAUGACGAUGGUCCGAGGAAGAAGGCAGCAAAGAAGGGUGGAAAGAAAACGAAAGGCUUUAGCCGCAAGAAGCCAAAGGGCGGUCAAGGCAAACGGAAUCACAACAAGCGGGCCGUCGGUCGGAAACGUCGUUAG